AGGCCUUAACCGGUUAACAAGCAUGUCUCCUGCAUUUACAGUGGAGAGAAGAGUCCAGAACCACCUGGAGAACAGCAAGUUCCACCUCCACCAGGGACAGGCCCAGCAGGGGAAACCGCACCUGACUCUGGGCUCCAAGCUUGCCCCGCUGGGCCACAGUGUCACCCAGCCACACCCAGGGCAGACCCUGGGCUCUGUGUCUGUGAUGCGAAACGGACACCCGCCCCCUGUGAGCGAGACUGGGACCCCCAAUGCCGCUGUCACCCUACUGACCCUCGCCGCCGGUCAUGAUAGCGAGUUCCCAAUGGAUGAAGUUAUCGAUGACUUAAUUAGCCUUGAGUCCGGUUUCAAAGAUGAGGGCAUGGGAUGUAUGGACACUAACAUCAUAUUGCAAAACAAUGCCUCCCUCGGCAGCAGCAUGCUGGAUGUGUACAGCGGCGACCAAGGUAUGACUGCUGCUAAUGGCGGAAUGACACCCGGUUUAUGUCCCACAAACUUCACUGUAAAAAGGGAGGUCACAGAGCAUGACACAAGAGUAUUAGCCAAAGAGAGACAGAAAAAGGACAAUCACAACCUAAUUGAAAGGAGACGAAGGUACAACAUAAACUACAGAAUCAAAGAGCUUGGGACACUGAUACCAAAAUCAAAUGACCCUGACAUGCGCUGGAACAAAGGGACCAUCCUGAAGGCGUCGGUGGAGUACAUCAAGUGGCUGCAGAAGGAGCAGCAGCAGGCGCGGGAGCUGGAGAGCAGGCAGAGGAAGCUGGAGCAGGCCAACCGCAGGCUGCUGCUGCGCAUACAGGAGCUGGAGAUCCAGGCCCGAGCUCACUGCCUGCCCAACGCGGGCCCCUGUCUCGGGGGAGUGGAGCUGUCCACACACCUCCUGAAACAGCAGCAGCAGCAGCAGCCCCUGUAUCAGGACGAUCUAAACGGGGACUUCACGCAGCGGGUGGCGGUGACCCGCCCAGCCAGCGGCGACCGCGCCGAGGGCCCCGCCUCCUUCUCGGACCCGCUCUCCCACUUCACGGACUUCUUCAGCGUCACGCUCAAGGAGGAGCAGCGUCUGGACGACAUCCUGAUGGACGACCCGCUCUCGCCGUUCAGCGCCGACCCGCUCCUGUCUGCCGCCUCGCCCGACGCCUCCAAAGGGAGCAGCAGGAGGAGCAGCGUGACCACGGACGACGGGGACGACGCCUAAGCCCCGCCCCCCACCAUGGACCUGCCCCCCCACCAUGGACCCGAGCAUAGACACGCCUCCUCAGUCUCUGAUCUCCCUCCA